UUUUUUCGAAUCUUUCCUUUUUCUCUUUAUAUUUACCGCUUGUUUUCUCUUUUAUUAUAUAUUAUACUUUUCUUUCUUAAAACUUUUUUUUUUUUUUAAAUAAAAAUGUCCACUGCACCAGUAUCUGCUGCUUCUAAUACUUCAAAAGCUCCUAUGAUAUCAAGAAAUCCUCCUCAUAAGUUUGCUGGCAAUUAUAAUCUUGAUGUCGUUGACCAUGGUUGGUAUGGUUCCAUGUUAAAUUCAUUUGGUGCUAUUGUUGGUACUCUUGGUUCGAUUCCUCUUUGUUUUUGUUUCCCAAAUCCUUACAAAUCAAUUGAUCAAGGUUAUGUUGGUUUAGUCACUCGUUAUGGAUCAUUCACGAAGGCUGUAGAUCCUGGUUUGGUGAAGAUCAAUCCAUUCACAGAACAUGUACAUAAAGUUGAUAUCAGAGUUCAAGUAGAUCAAAUUCCCAAGCAAAUAAUCAUGACCAAAGAUAAUGUGAAUGUACAAAUUGAUAGUGUCUUAUAUUGGAGCAUUGUUGAUCCUUAUCAAUCAGCAUUCGGUGUCAGUGAUGUUCAUCGUGCAUUGAUUGAACGUACUCAAACCACUUUACGACAUGUCCUAGGUGCUAAAGUAUUACAAGACUGUAUUGAAAAUCGAGAAGCCAUUGCUAUGGAAAUUCAAAAUGUUACUGCUCCUAUUGCCAAACAGUGGGGUGUCAAGAUAGAAUCCAUUUUGAUCAAAGAUUUGAAUUUUUCAAAGGAUUUACAAGAAUCAUUAUCAUCUGCCGCUCAAGCACAACGUGUAGGUCGUAGCAAAGUCAUUGCUGCCAAAGCAGAAGUCGAUUCAGCAAAACUCAUGCGAGAAACUGCAGAUAUAUUAAGUACCGAAUCAGCUCAACAAAUUCGUUACCUGGAAACAAUGAAAGCUCUGGCAAAAUCUCCCAAUACUCGUGUCAUCUUUUUACCUCACAAUCCAUCUGACAAGAAUCCAACUGAUCCAUCCAAUAGUAGCAACCUUUUGUAUGCUAAUCUUGCUCAAAUCAAGUGAUUCUUCUUUUUCUUCUAUAACUCUUUUAUAUUUUUCUUUAUUAUUAUUUUCUCUAUAGUUAUUUACUCACUUAUAGUUAUUAUUAUAAUUUUUUUUAAUAACAACACAAUUGAAUUUUAUCUUUGUAAACGAUUUUUAUUCAUGCGCGGAGUGCAGAUUCUCACCCAGGAAAGAGGUACAAAAAAUCUUUUUUUUUUUUUU